CACUUGGCCCUUUCUCUCUCUCCGUCGGCGAUCCCUUCUCCGCCACCCGACCACCGCCACCUAACCUCCCGCCGGCGGGGCCCGCCUCCCCCGAUGGCCACGCCGCCGCAGUUCUCCGCGAAGCCCCGCUCAUGGCGGCGUCGUCGGCGGCGGCCGCGGCCAUGGACAUCAUCGAGCAGAUGCCGGACACCCCGCAGCGCCACGCCUCGCACCACCGCCGUGCCCACUCCGACACCACCUUCCGCCUCGACGACUUCCUCCUCUUCGACGCCUCCGACCUCGACCUCUCCGGCCUCGACCUCCCCUCCUCCUCCGCCGCCACCACCCCCACCCCGUCCCGCGGCGGCGGUGCUGUUCCUGGCGCUGCUUCUGCUGCUGCUGCUACUUCCAUGGCGGUGGACUCCGAGGACUCGUCCUCCAAGCCCUCGCCCCCGAUCAACCACUUCCGGAGCCUCUCCGUCGACUCCGACUUCUUCGACGGGCUGAGCUUGACCGGCGCCGGCGGUGGGGCCGGCGGCGACGAGAGAUUCGGCGCCAAGUCGGCUUCGGCGGCCUCCGAGAGGAGGGCGUUCCACAGGCACAGCAACUCGAUGGACGGAUCUUCGUCGGCGUCGUUCGAGCUCGACUCCUUGAUGAUGAGUGAUGCUGCGAAGAAGGCCAUGGCUCCCGACAGGUUGGCCGAGCUGGCCUUGAUUGAUCCUAAGAGGGCUAAAAGGAUUCUUGCGAACCGACAGUCUGCAGCACGUUCGAAGGAGAGGAAGAUACGAUACACAAAUGAGCUUGAGAGGAAGGUGCAGACACUUCAGACAGAAGCAACCACUCUCUCUGCUCAGGUCACGCUGCUACAGAGAGAUACUACUGGGUUGACGGCAGAAAAUAAGGAACUCAAACUGAGGUUACAGGCUAUGGAGCAACAAGCACAACUGCGAGAUGCUCUAAAUGAAGCACUGAAGGAGGAAGUCCAACGGCUUAAAAUAGCUGCAGGCCAGAUGCCAGCAGUCAACGGUGCUCCUUUUGGAGGGCCAAUCCCUCAAUUUUCUGCUCGCCAGCCACCAUUGCAUCAGUUUGGUGGUGGCCCGAACCGCCACCAGCAGCAGCAGCAGCAGCAGCAGCAUAUGCAGCAGUCUUCCACCAAUGGGCAGACUCGCAAUGGACAGCCCCACCCAAGCUUUUUAGACUUUAACCCUAGGAUUCAGUAACAUGUAACUUGUGAGAGAACCUUUUAGAUGGGUCUCGAUUAGUAGGCGAUGAAGUUUUAACAUAUACGGGUUUGGGUUUCUCAUAUUUAUGUAUAGGAUCAUGUAGUCAGUCGACGAUGCAGUUGGCGGUAUGUUCUUCAGCUGUUGUUACUGUAGGAGUAAACGGGUGGAAGGCGUGGUGAUAAUAUAGAGCACUUUAUAUUCGGGUCGAACCAUGAAUCAGCGGGCAAGAACCUCACCUAAUGUUGUGAUGAAUUAGCGAUUACGGUCUGUUUUAAAUGUCAUAGUUGUCGAUUAUGUUAA